AACGUCAGUCGUGAAAGUGAUCUCCGGGCUAGGUUCCUACGUGAUUCUAUGUGAGAAAAGAAGUUUACAACGGGUAGAAAUUAAUCAGAACGCGCCCAAGUCUGUAGUGGCCCUAAUGCGAGAAGUUACGUUGUCCGAACUCAGGGACUCGAUAGCGAGGUUACGGGAGAGAGUGAAGCUAGUAUGCAGGACGAGGGGCUCGCCGCCCCCGAGUGUGCACUGGCUGAAGGACGGUGUACCGCUGCACCCCCGAAGAGGCCUCAGGAUUCAGCACAAACGGCGGAGAUCGAAACUCGUGAUAUCCUCCGCGAAGCUUGAGGACACCGGCACAUACGAAUGCGUGGCUGAGAGCACCUCCGGUCAUCGGGCCUCACUCGCGGCCCAACUUCUAGUCACUCCUGAUCCCAGAAUUGCGGAAACAACGACAGCGGCAUGGCCGCGGCGGGAGGAGCCCUGUCCGAUACCAGGAGAUUUUUGCAUGAACGGUGGUACCUGCCUAUUUUUCGAGACCGUCGGUGAACCGGCAUGCAGAUGCGCGGAUGGCUUCACGGGUCUGCGGUGCGAGACGAAGGACGUCAUCAGCACCGGAAGUGUGUAUAACCGGCGUAGGGCACCCUUUUCCUGCAAGCUGGGACUCUCUACCUCGUACUACUGCUAGCGAUAAUCGCGCGGGGCCCUUUGACAUGAGUAGACCCUUUUCUACCCUUACGGUGUACUUGGAGCCCACGAGAAACAGUCGUGAGAGGGCCAACGCGCGACUAAAGAGGGAGGGGGAAAUUUGGUGAAAAGUAGACGGAUUCGAGGCAUAGAUGAGGGAGACGACGACGGGCGGGGGAGAAAGAAAGUGAGAAGAAUAGGAACGACGAAUUUUUCGGUUCCGUCGAUCUCGGGCAUUAGGACGGAUCCUGCGUACUUUUAUAGCGACAGGUUCCAAAACAGUUCGGACCGGGCAUUCGUACCUUCUUCGAUUUCUACGGCUAUAUCAUUACCGUCUUCUUUCCUUUUUCUAUUUAUCCUUUUUCUUCUUCUACUCUUGUUCCUCUUCCUUCUCUUGUUUUUCUACUUCUUCGAAUGUUAUUAUCUUUCCUUCUAGAAAAUGUGUCACUGCGCGGAAAGUUCUUCGGCUCGCGCGCGUACGAGAAAGAGAAAUGACAGAAAGAAUGGGCGACGUUGCGAGAGAUCAUGAAUGUGCAAAUGAGCGUGUGCCAGUAUGAAAGGGGAAAAGAAAGAAAGAAAACGGUGGGGACGUAGGUUUCUCGACUUUACCGGUGCUCUUUCGUAUCAUCGGGAAAGAUCGCGAAUUCGAAUGGCGGUGCUUGACCUCGAAAAAUCUCGGCGCCGCCAUCGAGAAGAACGACAUGGAAGCGCGCCGGGGAGGUGGUGUAUGUCGCCACACAAAGGAGAACAAUACCAAAGAGCCCAGGGUCUCGAUCAAGGACAGACGCGAUCACGAAUCGUCGCCUCAAGACGGCCACGUCAAGGGUCCUCCUCCUCUCGAAGGCGCGUUCUUUUCUUUCAGAUCUGCAACGAUUCGCGUCUCGCUCGAGAGUGGUCCGGUAGUAUCAAACUUCGAUACUCAGGACUGUGCCACGAGAUAAGAAAAUCCAAGGAAGAGGUGAAAUUUGUAUCGCAUGUUCGUCGUUGUUGGGAGAGGUCACGCGCUUCAAUUUAUAGCGAUUUACUUCUCUCUCUCAUUAUUUGUAAUUAUUCGAAGAAUUGUAUAUCUUUACUUUCUAAUCGAUGACGGGAAACCAACGGGUUUCAACAUUAAAAAUCGCUGGGAAUGUUCAUGAUGAAACCAUCGACGUAAUAAUCGAUUACACGAUGUUCAAUAAUUGAGCCGAGCGCGAUGGUAGAAAGCGCUUCAACCGGGGAAAUUAAUUUUUCACCGAAAACCGCCGGCCUUCGACGGCAACGACGAUGUUGCAGUCACAUUUCCGAAGCUUCUUCUCAUCCGAAAUUAGAUAUUGCGUUGCAGCAAAUAGAAAAAUAACGCGCGAGAGAGAUAGAGAGGAGGAGAUCGGCCGAUAUUAGCGAACGAAUCGCGAAGGAGAGACCACGGGGCAAAAACGAUUUAAUGUAAAAUACGAUAGAAUAACGCAUUAGGCUAGCUAAAAAACAGAGAUAUAAGAUAGGUAAAAAGAGAGAGAAAGAGAGGAGAAGGAAGAGGUAGGAAAUCACAAGAAUAAGAGUAAAUAUCUCGACGAGGAACGAGUCGAAGUCGGACGAGAAAGACAUCGUUUCGCGAAGGAUAAUUAUCCGAUUUCGAAAGCAUCCUUCCGAUUCUUGAGAUGCACGACACGCGGAGAGGAAUAUUUAUCCGUUUAAAGUUUCGUUUUAAUUAAGAGCUCGCGAGAUCUCUCAUCAGAAAUCUCACCGACGGCGGCAACGACGAUGACGACCUCCGGAUAAAACUGACGGGGAGGGAAGGGGGAGCGAGGGAUGCGCGCUGUGCUCCAGCAGUCUCGGGACCCUAUUUAUGUUUUAUAUUAUAUUAUAUAUAUGUUAUAUAUAAAUAUGUGUAUAAACAUUUUUAAUUUAUUUA